AUGCGAGAAGAAUCUCAACGAUUUCAACUGGCUAAUUGGAUCAAAUAUGGAAAAUGGGAGGAAUCAAUUGGAGAGCUUCAACGAGCCCGUUCCGUUUUUGAGAGAGCACUCGAUGUCGACCAUAGAUCGAUCACGAUUUGGCUUCAGUAUGCGGAAAUGGAGAUGAGAACAAAACAGUUGAAUCAUGCUCGGAACAUCUUUGAUCGUUGUAUUACCAUCUUGCCUCGUGUCAUGCAAUUUUGGUUGAAGUAUACCUAUAUGGAGGAAUUGGUUGGAAAUGUUCCCGGAGCAAGACAGGUCUUUGAACGAUGGAUGGAGUGGGAACCCACCGAACAGGCCUGGAACACCUAUAUCAACUUUGAAUUACGAUACAAAGAGAUCGAUCGUGCUAGGUCAAUCUAUCAGCGAUUUCUCCAUGUACAUGGAACUGAUCCAAAAAAUUGGAUCAAGUAUGCCCGUUUUGAAGAACGCCAUGGUUUUUACGGAAACUCGAGAGCGGCCUAUGAGCGUGCCAUGGAAUAUUUUGGUGAAGACAACAUUGACGAACAUCUACUCGUUUCUUUUGCCUUAUUUGAGGAACGGCAAAAAGAACACGAAAGGGCUCGAAUUAUUUACAAGCAUGGGUUAGACCGACUUCCAGCAGAGAAACAAAAAGAAAUAUACAAAUACUACACUCAGCAUGAGAAGAAAUUUGGAGAGCGACGAGGAAUUGAGGACGUUAUCUUGAGCAAACGCAAAGCUCAAUAUGAAGAGCAAGUGCAAGAAAAUGGCUAUAAUUAUGAUGCUUGGUUCGAUUAUCUUCGACUUUUGGAGAAUGAAGGAGCUGAUAGGGAAACUGUUGAAGACGCAUACGAGCAGGCAAUUGCAAAUCUUCCUCCUAGAAAAAGGCCAUUGGAGACGAUACAUACAUCUUUGAAUCAAUUAUGCUCUGUUGUCUUUUUG